AUGAAGUUCUUCGCUACCGCUCUUGUUUUCGCGGCCGCCGUGCUCGCUAAGCCUAAGCUGCUUAACUCUGCCUUCGACAUCGAGGAGGGCCAGCCGUUCACCUUCAAGUGGGACAACGCCCAGGGACCCGUCACCAUUACUCUGGUGACCGGGCAAUCUAAGGACCUGAAGCCUGUCACCACUAUCACCACCGGCGAGACCGGCACCUCGUACACGUGGACUCCGAGUGACUUGCCCUCGGGCACCUACGCUAUCCAGAUCGACGACGCCAGCGGCGAGCCAAACUACAGCGUCCCGUUCACCUACCAGGGUACUGGCGAGACUCCUACCUCCACGGAUGCGUCGUCGACCGUCGAGCGCACUAGCACUGCCACCAGCACAAGCGCCAGCAGCACCACCUCGGAGGAGUCCAGCACCACUUCUAGCAGCGUCACUAGCACUGAGACCGAGACUAAGAGCUCCAGCACCACGUCGAGCGAGGCCAGCACCUCCACCACGCUGUCAACCUCCACCACUACCCAGACUCCUUCGACUACCCGCGAAGCUCCUACCGGCACCAACAGCCCCCCUGACCUGAACAACGGACAGCGCUUCGCCUCGCCGCUGGGCUUCGUCCUGGUCACCGUCGCUGCUCUCAUCUUCUUCAACUAA